CCCUCCUCAUUCCUCUUCCCCCCCACCAUCUAACGGUCUGACUUUAUCCAUAUCCAAACACCACACAAUCACAACAAGAGAACAGAAACUGUGAGCAAGUUAUAUUGCCAAAGGAAAAACGCAGAGGAAGAAACAUAGAUUUCUCGCAACCAAGAACCAAACAACCAUGGGUUCCCGUCGACGUCACGUCCUCCUCACCGACUCCGAAUCGGACUUCUCCGAAUCGGAUAUCUCGAUGGUCGAGUACCCCGGCCGCAAGGUGAGCCAUCGUCACCGCUCCGUCUCGCGGCACCGGCACUUCAGCCCGGAGUACAGCAGCAGCAACGCCUACCUCAGUCCCGUCCUGCACAGCGACGCACAGCAGCAGCACCUCCACCGCUCCGCCUCGACGGGCGCCCGCCGCCGCCCCGACCGUCACCACCGCGACCACAGUCAGGCCCCCGUGGCCGUCAUCGUCGACGUCAACAACCACAACGACACCAAGUCGGACAACAAGACCGACACCAAGACCGACGCCAAGACCGACUCCCGCAACAAGAGCGCCACCAAGCAACGCAAGGCCGAGCACCGCCUCAACAACACCUACAACAUCGACUACGACGACUCCGAGGAUGAGACGAACCUGCGCGCCCACCGCCGCCGGCCGCGCUCCAGCACCGCCAGCAUCUCCCGCGAGGCGUCCCCGCGCGCCCCCGCCGUCGGGGCGCCGCAGAUGAUCCCCGCGGGCCGCGACCGGGACUUCGAGCUCGUCAUCGACCAGCGGCUGCUGGAGCGGAACGACGCCCGCCAGGACCUGGAGCUAUUCCGCCAGCAGCAGGAGAUCGAGCGGCUGGAGCGCGAGCUGGCCCGCCACCGCGAGGUCCGCGAGCACCAGCAGGAGUACCGGCCGCACCACGAGGUGCGCAUGCUCAAGGAGGAGGAGGACUGGUACGAGGACGAGAUCAGCGAGCGGCUGCGCCGGCUGGAGCGGUUCGAGAAGAAGCAGCGCAUGGAGGAGGAGCAGCGCCAGGUCGAGCAUCGCUACAAGCUGAUCAAGUUCGAGGAGGCCCAGCGCCAGGCCGCCGAGCAGGAGGAGCUCAACCGCAAGAUGCGCCAGAAGCGGCUCGAGGACCUGCAGCGCAAGAUCGACGAGGAGGAGGAGCGCGAGCGCAUCAAGAAGGAGAUCCGCGACGAGGAGGCCCGGCGGAUCCUCGCCGAGCAGGAGCGCGCCCGCAAGGAGGCCGCCAUGAAGCAGGCUGCCAUCGACGAGUGGAAGCUGAACGAGGAACGUCGCAUGAUGGCGGAGCGCGAGGAGAAGAAGCGCCGUGAUCACGAAUUCAAGGAGAGAUUGAGACUCGAGUUCGGCUACAAUGAACACGAAAUUGAGGAGAUCCUCCGGAAGAAGGACAAGAAGGAGAAGAAAGAGGAGAAGAAGGAAGAAAAGAAAGAGGAGAAGAAGGAGGAGAAGAAAGAGGAGAAAAAAGAGGAGAAGAAGGAAAAGGAGAAGCUUCCGGAGCCUGAGCCACACCAGCGCACCACCUGGAUUAAGGUUCACCGCAAGCAUCUGCUCCCUGAUACACUGAUUGCCUAUCGCCUUCCAUGGGACUGGGACGAUCUCGACAGCAACUACAUCAUCAUCAAGCAAUGGAUCUCCGAAGACUUCCAGGAAGAGCUCUUCGCCCACACGCGGCGCUUGCGCGAAGGCAAGCUCGUCACCCAAACCUCCAGCACCCUCACCGAGCUUAAGGUCAACGACAAGAAGAAGGACAAGAUGUACCUUGUGAGGAAAAAGAACCCCGGUGGCCGGGCCUGGAUUCUUACCUGAUCUCGAGCUACAAGCCACCACCACACCACCUGAUAGAACAAAGCACACACACACGCCCGCCGCCCCUUCUAACUGCUUGAAAUUAUGAUACCAUGAUCUUGUCUUAACGUCUGUCACGAAAUUCGGUAUCAUCCAGCCGCCAUCUUCUUUCUUCUCUGUCAUGUUUCUCCUUUUUUCUUCUGCUUUCUGAUAGCUCUCUUGUCAAGUCUGUGAUACAGAUCCAGAGUCCAAUUGGGGGGUGUCAGGAUGCUAUC